AUGUCUGGACAUCCUCAGCAGGGCGUUUACGAUGAUGGAUACGGCCAUCACGGUAACGACGCCUAUUACCAGGACGACCAUCAUGGCUACCACGAUCAGUAUGACUAUGGCCACCAGCAACAUGGAGGCGAAGGAUAUUAUGAUGAAUCGGGCUACUACAACGCCGACGCAUCGAACCCGUAUCACAAUGACGGCGGUUACUACGAAGGCCACCAAGGAUAUCAAGAUGACUAUUAUGAUGGCCAAUACUAUGACCAAGGAGCUGCAGGACAGCACAAUUACCAUGGUCAACGCCCAAGGCGCCGCGGUCACGACUCCGAAGAGGAUUCGGAGACAUUUAGUGAUUUCACUAUGAGAUCAGACAUGGCUCGUGCCGCUGAAAUGGAUUACUAUGGAAGAGGAGACGAGCGUUAUCACAGUGGCUACGAAGGCCAAGGUGGACGUGGAUACAGACCACCAUCCUCACAAAUCUCGUAUGGCGGUAAUAGGUCCUCCGGCGCCUCCACUCCGGUUUAUGGAAUGGACUACAACAAUGCUUUGCCUGCGGGCCAACGCUCUCGUGAGCCCUAUCCAGCUUGGACCUCUGAUGCUCAGAUUCCCCUUUCGAAGGAGGAAGUUGAAGACAUUUUCCUCGAUCUCACCGCCAAGUUCGGUUUCCAACGGGACAGCAUGCGCAACAUGUACGACCAUAUGAUGACUCUCUUGGAUUCCAGAGCCUCUCGAAUGACACCAAACCAAGCAUUGUUGUCUCUCCACGCCGACUACAUUGGGGGUGAUAAUGCAAAUUAUCGCAGAUGGUAUUUCGCUGCCCAUUUGGAUCUUGAUGAUGCCGUUGGAUUCGCCAACAUGAAGCUUGGAAAAGCCAAUCGUCGGACACGAAAGGCACGUAAAGCUGCCGCUAAAAAGGCAAAGGAGAACCCGCAAAACGAAGAACAGACUUUGGAAGCCUUGGAAGGUGAUAAUUCUCUUGAAGCUGCCGAAUAUCGCUGGAAGACGAGGAUGAACAAGAUGUCUCAGCAUGAUCGUGCUCGCCAGAUUGCUCUUUAUCUCCUUUGCUGGGGCGAGGCGAAUCAAGUUCGGUUCAUGCCUGAAGCACUCUGCUUCAUCUUCAAGUGUGCAGAUGACUACCUCCAUUCUCCGGCUUGCCAGAACCGUGUCGAACCGGUUGAAGAAUUCACCUACCUCAAUAACGUCAUCACACCUCUCUACACCUACAUUCGAGACCAAUGUUACGAGAUUAUUGACGGCAAAUAUGUUCGACGCGAGCGAGACCACAACAGAGUCAUUGGCUAUGAUGACAUUAAUCAACUGUUCUGGUACCCAGAAGGUAUUGAAAGAAUCGUCAUGAACGAUAAAUCUCGGAUUGUCGACCUUCCUCCGGCUGAGAGAUACCUGAAGCUCCAGGAUGUCAACUGGAAAAAGGUCUUCUUCAAGACGUAUAAGGAAACACGAUCUUGGUUCCACUUGCUGGUCAACUUCAACCGUAUCUGGGUCAUCCAUCUCACGGCUUUCUGGUUCUAUACGGCUUUCAACGCCCCCACGCUGUACACGAAGAAUUAUCAGCAACAAUUGAACAAUAAGCCUCAUGCUGCUGUCCAGUGGUCUGUUGUGGCUCUCGGCGGAUCUGUCGCUACACUUAUCCAAAUACUGGCAACCCUUAUUGAAUGGUCGUACGUUCCUCGAAGAUGGGCCGGAGCUCAGCACUUGACCAAGCGACUCCUCUUCUUGAUCGGUGUUUUCAUCGUCAACGUCGCUCCCAGUGCGUACAUCUUUUUGUUCAGUCAAACUUCAAAGAUUGCACUGAUCUUGGGCGUGGUGCAAUUCCUUGUGGCUCUUGCGACGUUCUUCUUCUUUGCGAUCAUGCCUCUGGGCGGGUUGUUUGGAAGCUAUCUGACACGAAAUUCUCGUCGGUAUGUUGCAAGUCAGACUUUCACUGCUUCGUAUCCUCGAUUGAAAGGUAACGACAUGUGGAUGUCUUAUGGCUUGUGGAUCAUGGUUUUUGCGGCCAAGUUGGCUGAAUCGUACUUUUUCCUGACCCUGACAUUCCGGGACCCGAUUAAGAUCUUAUCCUAUACCAAGAUCAGUCGUUGUCAGGGAGAUGCGAUCCUGAAAGAUUACCUUUGCAAGUAUCAGCCUCAGAUCCUGCUCGGCAUCAUGUUCUUUACCGACUUGAUUUUGUUCUUCUUGGAUACCUACUUGUGGUACGUCAUCUGGAACUGUGCCUUUUCGGUGGCUCGAUCAUUCUAUCUCGGUGUGUCGAUUUGGACACCAUGGCGAAACAUCUUCUCCCGUUUGCCGAAGCGUAUCUACUCCAAGAUUCUGGCCACCACCGACAUGGAAAUCAAAUACAAGCCCAAGGUGUUGAUUUCUCAAGUCUGGAAUGCAAUUGUUAUCUCCAUGUAUCGAGAGCAUCUUCUCGCCAUCGAUCACGUCCAGAAGUUGCUCUAUCACCAAGUCCCUUCGGAGCAAGAAGGCAAGCGGACGCUUCGGGCACCAACCUUCUUCGUCUCUCAGGAGGAUCAUUCGUUCAAGACCGAGUUCUUCCCAUCUCAGAGCGAAGCCGAGCGUCGUAUCUCCUUCUUCGCUCAAUCUUUGUCUACACCCAUUCCGGAACCUCUUCCAGUGGACAAUAUGCCAACAUUCACCGUUCUUAUUCCCCACUACGGCGAAAAAAUUCUUCUCUCUCUCCGUGAGAUUAUUCGCGAAGACGAGCCAUACUCCCGUGUCACCCUGCUGGAAUACCUCAAGCAACUCCACCCUCACGAGUGGGAUUGUUUCGUCAAGGACACCAAGAUUUUGGCGGAUGAGACAUCUCAAUUCAACGGUGACUACGAGAAGUCCGAGAAAGAUACUGCGAAGAGCAAGAUUGAUGAUUUGCCUUUCUACUGUAUUGGAUUCAAAUCUGCUGCCCCGGAGUACACGUUGAGAACUCGUAUCUGGGCUUCACUUCGCUCUCAGACUCUCUAUCGCACAAUUUCCGGCUUCAUGAACUACAGCCGAGCGAUCAAGCUCCUGUAUCGUGUUGAAAACCCGGAGGUCGUGCAAAUGUUUGGUGGUAAUUCUGAUAAGCUGGAGCGUGAGCUCGAGCGUAUGGCACGACGUAAAUUCAAGAUCGUCGUUUCAAUGCAAAGAUACGCCAAAUUCAAGAAGGAAGAACGCGAGAACACCGAAUUCUUGCUCCGCGCUUAUCCAGAUCUCCAGAUUGCCUACCUUGAUGAAGAGCCACCGCAAAAUGAAGGCGAGGAACCUCGUCUGUAUUCUGCUCUGAUCGAUGGUCACUCGGAACUGCUUGAUAACGGCAUGCGUCGACCCAAAUUCCGAGUUCAGCUUUCUGGUAACCCUAUUCUUGGUGACGGCAAGUCCGACAACCAGAACCAUGCCAUCAUUUUCUACCGUGGAGAAUACAUUCAGCUCAUCGACGCCAACCAGGACAAUUACCUCGAAGAAUGCCUAAAGAUCCGAAGCGUUUUGGCCGAGUUUGAGGAGAUGACUACGGAUAAUGUCUCACCGUAUACUCCUGGUCUGCCCCCGACGAAGACCAAUCCCGUCGCCAUCCUUGGGGCUCGUGAAUAUAUUUUCUCCGAGAACAUCGGUGUCCUGGGUGACGUCGCGGCCGGCAAGGAACAGACCUUUGGCACUCUCUUCGCUCGUACCCUGGCACAGAUUGGAGGCAAGCUUCACUACGGUCACCCUGAUUUCUUGAACGGUGUCUUCAUGACGACUCGUGGCGGUGUCUCUAAGGCCCAGAAAGGUCUACAUCUCAACGAGGAUAUCUACGCCGGCAUGAAUGCUCUGAUUCGAGGAGGUCGCAUCAAACAUUGCGAAUAUUACCAGUGUGGAAAAGGUCGAGAUCUUGGUUUCGGCUCCAUUCUCAACUUCACGACCAAGAUUGGAACGGGCAUGGGUGAACAGAUGUUGUCCCGCGAGUACUACUAUCUCGGUACUCAGCUACCCUUGGAUCGUUUCUUGUCCUUCUACUAUGCUCAUCCGGGUUUCCAUAUUAACAACAUGUUCAUCAUGUUGUCAGUGCAGCUUUUCAUGAUUGUCCUGAUCAAUCUGGGUGCUCUGAGACACGAAACUAUCCUCUGUUUCUACAACCGCAAUGUGCCGCCGACGGAUCCUCUCAAACCGACGGGUUGCACCAACUUGACUCCAAUCAUGGACUGGGUUGAGCGUUGCGUUGUCUCGAUCUUCAUCGUGUUCUUCAUCUCUUUCGUGCCUCUGGUGGUACAGGAGUUGACUGAACGUGGAUUCUGGCGCGCUGCUACUCGUUUGGCCAAGCACUUUGCCUCUGCCUCGCCAGUCUUUGAAGUGUUCGUCUGUCAAAUCUAUGCUUCCUCCAUCCAACAAGAUCUAUCAUUUGGUGGCGCUCGGUAUAUCGGAACUGGUCGAGGGUUUGCCACGGCCCGUAUUCCUUUUGGAGUCCUCUACUCCCGUUUCGCCGGCCCGUCCAUCUACCUCGGAGCUCGGUCUCUGAUGAUGUUGCUCUUCGCAACUGUCACAGUCUGGGGUGUCUGGCUUUUGUGGUUCUGGGUUUCUUUACUCGGUCUCUGUAUUUCGCCUUUCAUCUUCAACCCGCACCAAUUUGCGUGGAAUGACUUUUUCAUCGACUACAGGGACUAUCUUAGAUGGCUGUCUCGCGGCAACUCUCGUUCGCACGCAUCCUCUUGGAUUGCCUUCUGCCGACUGUCACGGACCCGCCUCACAGGUUUCAAGCGCAAGGCCCUGGGUCAGCCCUCUGAGAAGCUCUCUGGUGACGUUCCUCGUGCCAGAUUCACCAGCAUCUUCUUCAGCGAAGUUGUGGGACCGUUCGUCCUCGUUAUCUUCACGUUGAUCCCCUACCUCUUCAUCAACGCUCAAACUGGUGUCACCGACGAUGUCCAGCCACCCACCAAUUCUCUUGUUCGAGUUGCCAUUGUUGCCUUUGCACCUAUUGGCAUCAAUGCCGGUGUCUUGGCCGGUCUGUUCGCUAUGGCCUGCUGUAUGGGACCUGUCUUGAGCAUGUGCUGCAAGAAGUUCGGUUCUGUCCUGGCCGCCAUUGCUCACUGCAUUGCUGUCAUCAUGCUCUUCGCUUUCUGGGAGGUGAUGUUCUUCCUGGAGGGAUGGGUCUUCGCCAAGGCUUUACUCGGCAUGAUUGCGGUGGUGGCGCUCCAGCGAUUCGUGUUCAAGUUGAUCAUUGCUCUCUGCUUGACCCGAGAAUUCAAACACGAUUCGUCCAACAUCGCCUGGUGGACCGGCAAAUGGUAUUCCAUGGGUUGGCAUUCGAUGUCUCAGCCUGCUCGAGAAUACCUCUGCAAGAUUACGGAGCUUGGAUUCUUCGCCGCCGACUUCAUUCUUGGACACACCAUCAUGUUCAUCAUGCUUCCAGCCCUCUGUGUUCCUUACAUCGACAAAUUUCACUCGGUUAUGCUCUUCUGGCUGCGCCCUAGCCGUCAAAUUAGACCGCCUAUCUACUCCAUCAAGCAAUCCCGCCUCCGCAAGAGGCGUGUCAUUCGCUAUGCCAUCUUGUAUUUUGUUAUGCUCGUUGUAUUCCUUGUUCUGAUUGUCGGACCGGUCAUCGUCAGGAAAUAUAUCACCGGCCUUCCCGACAUUCCAAUGGACCUGGUUCAGCCCACGGGACAGAACAACAACGAUACAACUACCGGCAUCACCGGUUCUGCUCUUCUCGACUUCGGUCAGGACGGUGGCGGCGGCACUGCCGCUGCGACUGCGGCUGCCACGAGUGCCAACUCCAACGAUCCUUUCAGCUUUGGCGGAGGUGGGAGAAGACUCAUUCGAUGGUAA